ACAAUCAGAGAGAAGAGAGAAAACACUGAACACUGACUGGGACAGUAAGAGCGCUAACCUCCUUUGUCUUCACUAUUUUCUCUGACUUGAUUGGUUCUUUCAUCUGGAAACAAUGUGCUCAUUGGUAGAUUAGUAGCUGUUAAUCUCACCUGAAGGGAAUUCCAUCUUGUAAGACGCUGGCUGGCUAUAUUCCUGUUAGUAUUUAAGAAAUCCCUUACCUGAGUAGGUGUUACUUCUUAUGGCUGGAUUUCCCUAAAGCUGAGAUGGAACACAAGGCCCACGUUCCCAUCUCUGAAGAGUGUAAAGUUGCUAUUAACCGCGUAGCAGCUUAUGAGCUGCUUGCCAGUGAUGUUUAUUUAUCCAUGGCCUGUUACUACACUGAAGAUACAGGAAUACCUCCUUUUGCCAAGUUCUUCUCGGAGCAGGCUGAGAUGAAAAGGGAGCAUGCAAAGCGGUUCCUAAGAUAUCUAAGAAAACGUGAGAGUAUGAUCUGCCUUCCGGUUAUUAAGAGGCCUGACAUAGAUAACUGGGGAAGUGGCUUACAAGCCCUGAAAUGUGCUGUGCAGUUGGAGAACAUAUUAACCGAUGUCCUACAAGACCUGAAAACCACAGCUUCUAAGGAUGAAGAAACUGAGCUCGUAAACAUCGUAAUGGAGUUCCUACAUAAACAGGGAGUAAGCAUAGCUUUUUUGGAGCACCAACAGAAGAUAGUAGAAGAGUUUCUCCAACAGAAAGGCCCAUCUGAAAAAUCUGCUAAGACAACAGGUGAAGAGACUUAACUUCUGAAGGCAGUACAGCAAGUCUUCCCAUUGUAGUGAUCCCAGAGUCAGAUGCUUAAGUCCUGAUCAGUUCCACUUGCCUGAAGGCUGCUUUCCUUCUUAAAUAGCUUACUAACCCUCUUUGCUAUGCAUCCGAAUAAAUCUGCUUUGCAUUAUAAUUAUGUGUAAGCAGAUUGUGCUCCAACGGCAGUGUGGAUUUGGUAUAAAAAGCUUCCUGAGAUGGUGAGUGCAUUAAGUUAAAAAAAAAAUCUUUCCUCUACCAUGCUCCUACCCCACCUUGACACCCAGAGUCAGGCUUUGGUAAAUGGAAGCAGUACAAGUGGAUGUACUAGAAAUUAAGUGGUGAAAUCU